AUGAAGUUCGAAGGUACUAAAGAUUACGUCGCAACAGAUGAUCUGCGGAUCGCAGUCAACGCCGCGAUCACGCUGGAGCGCCCCCUUCUGAUCAAGGGUGAGCCAGGAACAGGGAAAACCGUUCUGGCGGAAGAAAUGUCAAAGGCGCUCGACGCAGAGCUCAUUACCUGGCACAUCAAGUCCACCACAAAAGCCCAACAGGGUCUCUAUGAGUAUGACGCCGUCUCCCGCCUGCGCGACAGCCAAUUGGGUGACGAGCGGGUCAACGAUAUCUCUAACUACAUCGAACGCGGAAAACUCUGGGACAGCUUCGAGCGUGAAAAACGCCCUGUUCUGCUGAUCGACGAAAUCGACAAGGCAGACAUCGAAUUCCCGAAUGACCUGCUUCUCGAACUCGACCGAAUGGAGUUCUUUGUUUACGAAACCGGUGAAACGAUUAAGGCGGCCCAACGCCCCAUCGUCGUAAUCACAUCCAACAAUGAAAAAGAACUGCCAGACGCGUUCCUGCGCCGUUGUUUCUUCCACUACAUCAACUUCCCUGAUGAAGAGACAAUGAAGCAGAUCAUCGCGGUCCACUUCCCAGACCUUAAAGGCCGUCUGAUUCAGGAAGCUUUGAACGUUUUCUACGAAAUCCGCGAUGUUCCAGGUCUGAAGAAGAAGCCUUCCACAUCUGAACUGCUGGACUGGCUGAAGUUGCUUUUGGUGGAAGACAUUUCCCCGGAAAACCUCAAAGAACGCGAUCCAUCUAAGCUCAUCCCGCCGCUUCAUGGCGCGUUGCUCAAAAACGAGCAGGAUGUGCAUCUGUUUGAGCGUUUGGCCUUCCUUGCCCGUCGUGAGCGCAACUAG